CCGGUUCUUUAACAGGGAGUGUCAGCCAAUCAGAGCGCAGCAGGUGUAUCGGCUCCUCAGGUAAACUCUGCAGUAUUUCCCGCUGUCUCCUGAGCUGCCGUGAGAUCCCGAGUGCUGCUGCCCGGCUAUAGAGGAUCAUGCCCGUGCCUGAGAUGUGGGAGUCUCCAACGCUGGAAAUGUUUAGCCGCAUGGAGGAGGUUUCCCGAGCGUGGGACCGGCUGCUGGAAGCCAAACAGGUGCUACAAAGGAUAGAAAAUAAAUUUGAUAGCCGGGAACGUCCGCACGAGCACAAAACGCAGUUGAAGACGAGGUUGGACUACGGAGUGUUGUCUGGAAUGGAAUUGCAGUCAUGCGAAGCCUCUGGCCGGAAGAGCCCGUGUACUGAGCAAGAAGAGCAGAACAUGUUGGAUCAAACGUUUGUUUGCCGCAGAGACCCAAGAAGACAGGCUACUUUCCUUUCCACGGCCACCGACUUCAUACCAGCAGAUCUCUCGGAUAGUCAAGGCUUUUCUUGGAGGCCUACAUUUGUACCUGACAGAGAUAUGGGCAGAAAGGAUCAAAUGACACAUCCAGCCUAUGUGUUUGAUGAAGACCCUUUAUCAAACACAUUCCUCGAUAGUUCAUCACCAGCAAGAAGCCAUACUUCCACUGAGGAGGUUUUAAACCCCUAUUUGGAGGUGUAUCCUUCAUCUCCAAAAGUUGAGAGAUGCUCCAGACUUUGCUCCCCCCUAGUUCCUCUUGUGUCUCCAAAUGCCGACAUCUAUGUACAAAGGUUGGAAUAUCUGAAGAACAACUCUCCCAACAACAAGCUAAAGAAACUGAAAGAAAGGAUCAAGGAGCAAAAACUCAGACAGAACGUUGGCAAGGAACUGAGGCCAGACCCUCCGCAGAUCACUGAGCUUAUUGGCAAACGCACUCUCAAGAGGAAAGUGGGGAAGGUGACAUUCAGUAUUCCACCACCUACAUGCAAAGGAACUGAAGAUCAAACCUCAAAGAGCAAAAUCAAGAAUUCGGUUUCCAGAAAGUUGUCCUUCAGUUCGCCUUCACCAGAGAGAAACGUUAAACACGUAGGGAAAGACGUGUACAGGCCCUCGGCUUGGAGAGAAGGUCAAAAGAUUGUUCGGAAGAUCCUUGGCCCCUCACCUGUGAUACCAAGGGGGCAACAUGUGUUUAGUGGAGAUGGUUCGCAAGCCCAGAAUUCAGGAUUGGCUAAACGGGAAACAGCGGGAGCACCAAUAUCGAGGGCUGUGCCGGUCCUACAGAAGGAUGAGAUGAAGGGCAGAGAUAGGACAAGCGAAAGAGUCAAGCACACGCUGGUGUUGCAGGAUAAUUCAGAUCAGAAAAGAUCAGGGAUACACAGGGAUUUGCCAAAGAGACAUCCCAAAAGAGUCACCACCACGUCAGCUGCUCAGAAACACCCCGAUAAAGAGAACAUGGCACAAGCGGAGCGGCUACGGCCUCAGGGCAAUAAACACGGCUACAGCACAGAGGAAGUGCGCAACUUCAUGAACAAAAAGAAGUCGGAGAGGCGGAGCAAAGAGCAGGAACAACAGGACUCCCAGUGCAACGCCGCGCAGCUCAAACAGAGACGCCUGCAGGAAGUGUUCCGCAAGCAAAAGGAAGCGGGUCCUUUAAAAAAGCCUCGUACUGACCUCUCCAAACAGAAGUGCCCUGUGACUAAGGAUCUUGGACAUGUUGGAAAACCUGUAGCUGAAUGGGUUAAGAGAGACUGUUCCCGCUUCCUCAGGGAAGAGGAUAAAAGAAGGAAGGAAACAGAGGUUGGUCAUUGCUUGGGGCCACUGAGGCUUCGAGACUUGGAUACGUCAGGUGAACCCCCAGAGGGGCCCAUUACCAAAGGACCUCAUUCUGUAUGUAAGUCUCCCAAGAGAGGAUCAGCUCUCCCCCAGUCCAGAGAAAGCCAGGAGCGCCUGCAGGCUCUGCGUGCUUUUGCCCAGGAGUUGGGCAGGAGGGUGGAAGUGGAAACAAGCAAGCUGGGAGCUGCAGUUCUCCCGCACCAAAUGGUCAGUGAUGAUGCAUCCAGUUCCCAGAAUCCUCUAGCGAAAGUCCAGAGCUGGCAGGAGGAACAGACCGGCCUCAUAGAUGGACACCGCAAACUAUCUGGGAACCUGGAGGGACCACAAGGAUGGACAGAUAUGACAGCGCCUCCAUGUGGGGAAGGCAAGGAGAAAGAGCGAGGGAGGAGAGAACCCUUCCCCAAAAGCCCACAGAAAGGAUCAGGGAAACAUAGAGGUGACAGAAGACUUAAAUCGCCACCAAGAUCUCCAGGCUCCCCUGAGCGGCUCCGGAAACGUUCUCCCUCUCGUCCAAGUUGGAAAACUGGAAUUUCACGAGAAUCCGAGAAAGGGAACUCUAUGGCAGCUCCUCAGGAAGGGCAAGUGGCUCCAUGGAGUGGGUUGGGGAAAUCUCACAUGGACAUUGUGCAGAAGCUUAAGAGGCAGAAUGCGGAACAGGAAGAGAAGCUGGCGGCCCUGAGGGAGAAAGCGCGUCGGGAGGCCGCGGAGGCCGAGCAUUGUAUGGAGGAGCUGAAACGCAAGUCUAUCAUGCUGUUAAAAUGUGACGGCCAAGUGGAAUAUGUUGAACCGAAGACACGUUGGCAGUUGCCCUCUAACGGGCCAGAAAACAGCUUAAUGAAUGAUCUGAAAAGCCCUGGAGAAUCAGCCUCAUUAAGUAAAAAGCAUAAAGCCGAAGAUGGAAUGAGCAUCAAUACAAGUAAAGCUCCUUGUGAGAGUCAAGUUGCAGAUUCUGAAAGGAGCCAAGUGGAAGGGGAUGAGAAUUGGUGGGACCAGACAGAACCAGCCACAGACUCCACCAGCAAGUGGAGUGAAAUAAGCAAGUUUUAUGGAUCACCCAAUAUGUUCAAGCGCUUCAGUUGGGAAAUGACCCAGCAGUAUCUCAGAGAAGAGGAGCUGAGGGCAAGGCACCAGAGGGCAUUGUUAAGGCUCAGAGAAGAGGCGGUCAAGGAGAAGGCCAAGGCAGAACUAGCAUUGCUGGAACACCAAAGAAAAUGUUCUGAGAUUAAUAAGGAACCCGGGAAAGUGGAGGAUCUAUUGAAGCGGGAGAAUGAAAUCCAGACCAACCUUAAACAGGAACAGGCAGAAAUUAAGCACCUGCACAAUAUUUACCGGGCAGCCCACCAAGAGAGGAAACUAUUGCUGAGACAGCAGCAGGAAAUUUUGCAGAUGCGCCAGUCAGCGGCCCACAUCCAGGAGAAACUGAUACGCUCUGAGUUGUCAGGUGAAGUCUCGGUCAGCUUGAUUCUGAGUAACCCGAUGGAUCUGAGUGGGCAAGACACCCACUCUGCAGUUUCUGAUCUCUCAGCUGAUGACGGGGACCUCCUUGAGAAUGAGAAGUCAAGAGGUGAAGAUAGCUUCCAUUGCCCUGGUGAUCCAGAAUCUUCAGCAAGACACAGAGUCUCCAUUGUCGAUCACAGCCACACAUCACUUUGUAGCACCGAGCACCAAGAUGGAGCAACGGAGCACAAUCCUUUACCGGCGGAACCCAUGGCGGAGUUUGUUCCGAAUAAUCCAUCUCCUCUCAAUCAGACGGGCCCGGGGACCCACGAGUAUCCCGGCCAUCACUCACUGGAGAUAAAUGGGCCUGUUCAUGAAGAUCAAUCACUUGUAACUGGCGCCGUACAGACAACUGGACCCCAGCCAGGACAGUGGAGCCUGGCGGCGGAGGCAGACGCGGAAAAGCCAAUUCAAGGCAUCGACCGGCGUCAAAAUCAUGGAACACCAUGUCAUGACAAAGAAUCCUCUGAACCAACCCCAUCAGGUUUAGGAACUCCUAAAUCUUCUGAAAAUGUGAGUGAAGAGCACUACAAUUCAAAGACAUGUGACCAGUCUUCUUGCAGGGGUUUAACAAAGUCCAUCACUACACCAAGGUUAGUUGUGAGCAAUGAACAUCAUCCCUCCCUCGAAGAGUUCUGUAAAGUUUCUGCUAUACUCAUCAACAUCUCAGAAAGUUCAUACUCCACACUAGAUCGUGGGGAAGGAGAUCAGGACACCGAGAGUGGAGAUUCUGAAGUUUUUGACAUGGAGUCUGAACGCUUAGCAAGCCAAGAUCAACUAAUGGAGAACGAGGAAUCACUCUUAACAGGGGUUUGUAUUGACCAAAGCCAUGAAGAUCAAGCAGCAGAAAAUACUAAAGGCCUACUGCAGAAUUCCAAAAACCCAGUAGUCAUGGCAAGUGAAAUGUUGAAAAACAAGCCAGCUCCUUUGGCUUCCGAAUCCUUCCCGACCUCCGAGGACGUUUCAGAUGCAAAAAGUGAUAGCUGGGAAUAUUCAAGUAAAGGGCAGGUUAAUAAUGCAGUCAAAAUUACAAACACACAGAAGUCGAUGUCAAUGAGUCCAGAAGAUGUUAGUAAUAUAGCCGAAAUGAGUCCACCUGACAUUAAAGACCGUCCGACAGUGACGGAAAAUAAUGAAAAACAAUUUGUUAUAGAAAACCUAAUCUCCAAGAAAAUUGAGACAGUGCCAUCCCAGGCUGCAUCCCCCAGAGAUUUAUUUAAGAUUAAAAGCUUGCCACCUCAGAGUGAGGGCGAUAUCAUAUUCAUCACCGAUGAAGUUCUACAGCCUGUUGAAGACACCUUGUCAGAAAUACUGUUUUCAGCUGAUGAAACGCUUUCAUGUGGAAAUGGAGUGGAGUUACAUUCAAUAAAAAAGGAUUCCUCUUUUCAUAGUGACGAUGCUGAGUCAAUUGGAAGUCAUGAUAUCGACAGCGAAGACUUUCCAACCCCACCCGAGGAGGUCUUCUUAUCAGAAACGGAGGAUUUAGAAAGUGCCCCGGACGAUAGUUUAAUUGAUCAAAUUCAUUUAUUAUAUACAAAUCAGUUAAAUGACGACAAUCUACUUCCUCCUGCCAAACUGGAUCAAGAAGCUUUGUCUCAAGAAAAAAAUACCUUCUUGUCUUCCACAAAAGCAACAAGCAAUGAAAGAUCAACACUGGUAGGUAAACCACCAAGACCAUAUUUAACUCUGUCUAAGGUAGAAGAAGAUAAUGAUGACUCCUUGGCUUCCUUUGCUUUAGGAGACAGAGUUUUAGUAAAAGGUUCUAUGCCAGGUACCCUAAGAUAUAAAGGGUUGGUCUUUUUCCAAGAAGGACAUUGCGCUGGAGUAGAACUUGACAACGCAGAAGGAAAACAUGAUGGCACAUUUGAGGGUGUUAAGUAUUUUGAAUGCCCUAAAAACUGUGGUAUUCUUGUCAGACCUGAUGAACUAUCACAUCUGUUGGUUGAUGAUAAGUCAAACAUAGACUAUAUUGAUGAUAGCUCUUUCCAUGGGGAUCCACCUCCUAGAGAUAACGGCUCAGGGACUCAGGAUAAAGUCACUGGUGAAUAACCAAUCCUACAUCACUGAAACGCCAAGCACAAGGACAAUUGCCUGGCAGAACAAAUAUUGCUACAUGAGACGCCUCCGUCUAUUCUACAGAGAAUAACGAUCAUCGUUUGCUCUUUCUCUCUCUGAUUUGCACUGUUAUUAUAUGGUUGUUAGUUAUCGACUCUUAUUGGUUAGAGAUGAUUGAGCCGAGAGUUGAAUCAUUCAGAAAUAGAGUGAAGCUUUGUUACUCUGUCACCUACUACUAGUGACGGUUGGUUGGUUGCUAUGGGCUACUACCCUGGCAAUAAAUGACACCAUUUUUAUGAAAUGAAGAGGACAUCAGAGUACUGUGCUUAGUGCCAAUGAAUCAGGUAUUCUGGGAGGGGGUGGAUGAGUCCCUUUUGUCUCUUAUUUAGAUAUUUAGCUCAGGGCAACAGGAUUUGCCUCUGUAUAACAAAAAGCCUAUUUGGGAUUUAGUAAAGCAACCCCCACCCAGUAAUUCAGGUAAAUGCAAAUAACUCUCAGCAGAUAAUUGCAGAAGAAAUAAUGUGCAAUCAGUGGCAGCACAGUGAUACGCAUGAGAGCUAACAACAAAUCCCCUAUAGAUAAUGGGGGUACAAGCCCAGGUCACAAUGGGGCAGUCAAGCCAAAUGAAUCCCAGGUUGGUUAAGAAUUUCCCAAUGCAUGAUGUUUAAAGGACAACUAAAGUCUUGAGAGACUAAAGGAUAUGCGUGUUAGUAAUGGAACAGCUCCUUUUAACCCCUUUACAUUUAAGUUCACUUUUAGUAGGUUAUAGAAUGGCUCAUUUUAAUCAACUUUUCAACUGGUCUUCAUUUUUUCUUUA